AACAAGAACGAGAUUUUUUUUUUUAAACAUUUUUUUUUAUUUUAGCUAUCAGAAUUCUUCAGUGUUAAUUGAUUUGAUAGUUUAAUUUUAUUAACAUGACAUGUAUAUGAGCAGUGUGAAGCAGAAUGCCUGUCCUGGAACUUCACGGUACCAGCAGUUGACACCAGUUUGCAUAAAAAGGUGCGAAAACGCCCUGUGGAUCAGAGAGGUCUGAGGAAAAGGUCUAGACUGGGUCAAGCUGUGACGAAGGAUCUGGAAACUCAUAAGCACACUUUACAACAACGAUGAGGUUCAGGACGUCCUCGCCGGCACUGAAAUGCUGCAGGGACUGAGUGCUGGAGAUGGAAGAUGACUUCUUGUUUGCGUUGAGAUGAUCUAAAGACUUCUUUUUCAAUGAUUCAGAUUCCUUAAGAUUUUUUUUAAUGGAAGAAAAGAAAUAAAGGCAGGAAAGGGGAUGCGUAGCUGGAGGUGUUAUUUCUCGAGACUCAUGCGCCUCUCGGUGCGCUGGGUUCGCCUGUGUCCCCAUCGGGGACAAAACAAUCGGCCCAGCCUGCUCCAGCAGUCCUGGAGCUAUGGAAGAGUCGUCUUCAACUCCCUUUACUUUAACAUCCUGACUAACUGGGACACGGUGCUGGACUCGAUCUUUGAGCCUAUUUACUGGCUGGUGGACAACCUGACCCGCUGGUUUGGGGUGGUGUUUGUGUGCCUGGUGAUCGCCCUGACCAGUUCUGUGGUGGUGAUCGUCUACCUCUGCGUCCUGCCGCUGAUCGUACGCACGUACCCGGCACACUGGAUCCUCUGGCACCUCGGCUACGGCCACUGGAAUCUCGUGAAUAUCGUGUUUCACUACUACAAGGCCGUUACAACAUCGCCCGGACGUUCCCCGCAGGAAAAGUGUGAAAUUCCAACAGUGACCAUUUGUAAGAAGUGUAUCGUUCCUAAACCGGCCAGGACGCACCACUGCAGCAUCUGCAACACGUGUGUUUUAAAAAUGGACCAUCACUGUCCCUGGUUAAAUAACUGUGUAGGACACUUCAACCACCGCUACUUCUUUUCCUUUUGUGUCUAUAUGACCAUGGGGUGCAUCUACUGCAGCAUCAGCGCUAAAGACAUGUUCUUCGACGCUUACAAUGCCAUAGAGAGCUAUUAUCAGACGCCUCCACCGCAGUUCACUUCUGAUGAGAAGCUUUUUCAUAAGAGCCUCCUUUACCUGUGGGUGCUAACCAGCUCGGUGGCAGUAGCGCUGGGAGGCCUGACCAUCUGGCACGCUGUACUCAUCACCAGAGGGGAGACCAGUGUGGAGAGACACAUUAACCGCAAAGAGAGGAAGCGCCUGAGGCUGAUAGGCAAGGUAUUCAGGAAUCCGUAUACUCAAGGAAGCAUAAAUAACUGGAAAAUCCUGUUUGGUGUUGAGAAAACAAGUCACUGGAUAAGUCGAGUACUUCUCCCCUCCACUCAUCCCCCGCGUGGUGACGGACUAACCUGGGACUGUCCUCCACUUAGACAGGACGCCGUCAACACCAUAUGAAUGUCUAUAUAUAAAAAAAACCUCACAUUUCAAACCAGCUGAUUGUUGCACGGAUUUGCACUCGCGUGUCAGCACACCGUGACUGCAGUGUGAAAUGUGAAGUGCACACCCUACUCAGUCUUAUGACCAGAUGAUGAUAUUUUUAUGCCCUUUGCAGAAAUGCGGUGUGUUAAAUGUUAAAGGGAAUUGACGGUACUUGCCAAAGAUUUCCUGCUGAAUCAUCUCGACUGGACAUGCGGUUAUGGUGGCGGAUUGUAUUUUGUGUUAGAGAUGACAUGCUUUUUAAGGUAUUUUCACGGGUGAAAGAUUUCCAAGUUAGGUUCUGUAUCACUGUUACUGUCACGGUUAAAACAUAAUGAGGUUUGGGCAAAGUCUGGAGUCGGGCCAGUGAUCCGUGAUUCAACUGUUUUAUGAUAGUAUUUUUUUUUAUAGUGUGCCUUUAAGUGUAUUAGGAAUGUAUUAUGUAUUAGGUACACGAUUCAGUCAUUACCUUAAUCUGAUUUCUUUUCUUCUUCUUGUCCCUUUUAAUGGUUCAUUAAAUUGUUUCUGCUAACGAGCCGAGUGUUUUCGCAGAACAGCAGGAUGAUAUCGGAGCUGCGCUCCUGUUUUGUACAUUUAAAUUUUAUAAUAAAUCACAUUUCGGUC